CACCCUUUUCUACCUUUUCCAUUGUUUAUAUUUGGAGUGGUGAUCACCUGAUGACCAAGAAAUUGAUGUUUUAAUCUCAACCUUUGAAUAGAAAUCCAAUGGUAGGUGACCAUAGGAACAUCUCUGUUAAUUGUUCUUGCAUCUUUUAGUUUCUUUGAUAAACUGUGAAAUUCUGGAACUUGUUUUACGAUGUGCUUGAGACUUGCCAUUCGAUCUUUAAAGCCUUUGAAAUUAGUACUGUGGAGGUUGGAUCCUUGACAUGAAUAGAGACAGAAGGUUUUGCCAAGGUCUGUUUAUUACUGUAUUAGUAUUAGUAUGUGCAUUAGGGGGUUCAAGAUUUUUAAAUUAGAUUCAAUUUAGAUCUUGGGUAAUUUCUUUCUUUUUUUUGUUUUUUGGUCUGAAGAUUUUGGACAUGUUUUGGAAGAUUUGGUAAUUUUCUAGUUUCCAGUUUCUUUUAGGUUACUUGUCUUCUAAGCCAAGUUAGUAUAUUUCCUACUGUUGGUUAAGAUUAUUUGCUCGUUAUAGUAGUUACUUACCGUUUUCUGUUGGUGCACUUGCUGAUCAUACUAGUAAAUUCAGUCGAUAAAAUUAUCAAUGUAGUUUAGAGAGUUUCUCUGUCUUCUCCAGUGAACUCCAAUUUUGCUAAACCUGUGUUCGCGUGAUCUUGCUGUGUUGAAAUUUCUGAAAAGGGUACCGGAAACUAGUUUUACUGCUGUCCAUUAAGGUUCAAGAAUGGACAAGAAGUCGAAGUUGUUGAUGCAGAAGUUCAAAGUUGAGAAACUUUUAGGGCAAGGUAACUUUGCAAAGGUCUAUAGCGCAACGAACCUUGAAACCAAUCAGAGUGUAGCCAUUAAGCUAUAUGAAGCCAUGGCCUCCAAAGCCAAGAUCUACCUUGUCAUGGAAUACGCAAAAGGCGGUGAGCUUUUUCAAAAGAUAAAGAAAGGAAGGCUCAAGGAGGAAGUUGCAUGGAAUUACUUCCAACAGCUCAUCACUGCUGUUGAUUUUUGCCACAAAAGAGGUGUUUACCACCGCGAUUUGAAGCCCGAGAACUUGCUGCUAGAUGAAAAUGGAAUGUUGAAGGUAUCAGAUUUUGGUUUGAGUGCACUUGCUGAGUCGAAGAGGGAAGAUGGUUUACUACAUACAAAUUGUGGCACUCCUUCUUACGUAGCUCCUGAAGUAAUCCUCUGUAGAGCCUAUGAUGGAGCUAAAGCUGAUAUAUGGUCUUGUGGGGUGAUCUUGUUUGCACUAUUGGCUGGCUCUCUUCCCUUCCAUGAUUCAAAUCUAAUACAUAUGUAUAAAAAAGUAUGUGCAUCAGAGUAUCAAUGUCCCAGGUGGUUUUCGCGUCACGUGAGAAAGCUCUUGCAUGGAAUCCUCAACCCUAAUCCGGAUCAAAGGUUUCUUGCUUCGGAGAUUAUGGAAAGUAGCUGGUUUCAGAAAGGGCUCAACUCCAAUUCCAUAACAGAAGUGGAAGAGCCAGGUUCGUUGAAUGCUGAUGGGGGGUGUGAUGACUGUGACAGUGAGAACCAAGAGAUUAUUACACUCACCACUUUGACUGCUUUCGAUUUCAUAUCUCUUGCAAGUGAACUUGAUUUAUCUGGCUUGAUGAUGCAAAAGGAUUCAAAGAAAGCAAUGCUCUUCACAUCAGCGCAAUCUGCCACAUCCAUCAUGUCGAAGCUGAGGGAGAUUACUCGGAAACUGAAGCUGAAAGUGAAGAAAGAAGGAGCAUUACUGAAUUGUUGGUGAAAUCCAUGGAUGGAAAGGACAUUAUCCAUAGAAGCCGAAAUUUUUGAGUUCACUCCAUCCUUUGAUCUUGUGGAGAUGAAGAAAUCUAACGGAGAUACAUUCGAGCUUAGGAAGAUGGUAGAAGAGGAUAUAAGGCCAGCUCUCAAAGACGUCGUAUGGGCAUGGCAGGGUGAGCGCAGUAAUAACAACAGCAGCAUCUGCGUUUGAUAUAUAUACAAAAUUAACUGCAUACAUUUUUUUGUGGUGCUUGUCUUUAACUGCUUUCAAAUUAAUUAGAUCGACAUAUUAAGUAUAUUAGACUGUAAAGGUGACAUGAUAAUGUAGCUGUUCAAUUACCAAGUGACCAAUGCUUAUGUUUGAGCAAUU